AUGUCCUCCACCACAUCCUUACCCGUCCAUGGGCCCGGACAAGUAGUCGCGUCGACAGAGACGGCAAAGGCAGGGGAAAAGCGUGCUCGCAGGACCGCUCGCCCUUAUAAGUGUGCCCACUGCCCUAAGGUCUUCAAACGCAGUGAGCAUUGUAUUCGCCACGAGCGAAGUCAUACAAACGAGAAGCCUUAUGCCUGCCACAAAGUCGUCGAUGAUCCGUCUAAUGAUGAUGAUGACGAUGCGUCGUCGGAGGCAAGUUCGAGUGAAAGGGAGCAUGACCCUAAACGGCAGCGUGCCUAUCGCACCCCUCUGAGCCAGCCCUCGCUGGGAGAUGGCCCAAGGAGAGACUCUUGCUCUUCGACUCUAGUUUCCAAUAGCAUUGUGGUCUCAACGCAACCUAAGAAACUCUCGAGAGAGAUUCAUCAAUUUCGGCAGCGCGGGCAAGCGGCUCCCACUCCUCCACAAACGCACAAUAUCUCCAUCUCAGAUUCUCCAGACGCCUUGGACAUGUUUUUCGAGACUCAUACCGAAUCGAUUUUUGGCAAUAGUCGACCUCAAGAUCUACCCAUGACACAAGGGGCAGUCUUUGAUCACCUGCGGACCCAACUCACUGAAGGAACCGCAAAUAGGGGUCAUGUACCAAACGGGCACCCUUCGCUGCCAGAAAAUGGCUCAGCUCUCGGCUCCUUGGACUCUUUUCUUGCAGAUCCAAUUUCACAGUCGGUAUUGCCUAUAUCUGAGGAGCCGUUUGACUUCGCACAUGACUUUGGUUUCCUCGACGCUCCAGAUUGGAUGGGAUUAUCGAACACAGGCACUGGCCUUGAGGCUUCGAAUGACUCGACUGCCAGCCCUCCAGAGAAGUCAUGCUCCUUUGAGAGGAGUCUUCAUCACGCAGAUGGAGAGACUUGGCCAGAAACCUUGAAGUCUACAUCCCAAGCCGUUACCGGGCGCAAGCUUCCACGUCUGCUUGAGAAUAAGCGAUGUACGAAGCCAAGUCUUACCAUGGACAAGCCCAUGCAUGACUCAAUUUGCAGAGACGUGAAUAAGAGACUUACUGGACCUGACAUAUCCAAGGACAUCCCUCCGUUGAAGGCUUGUCAGAGCUUUCUCUCCAGUUACGUGGAGUGCUUUCAUUGCCACUUGCCCCUGGUUCACCUGCAGACUAUUUCGCAUGGUGACAUUCCUAGCCCCCUGAUACUGGCUAUGUGCAGUAUCGGGGCUCUCUAUCGCUUAGAUCGCCGUCGAGCCCGGCGUCUUUGGGAUCUUGCGCUGAGGCUGAUUGAGCCAUUGUACGCAAAGAUGCGGCGUCAGCUGCAAGAAGAUAACGCGGACCUCCUGAGUUCAACAUGGGCAGACUGGGUGCAACGCGAAUCAUGGAAGAGACUCCUUGGUGCCAUUUAUGUGACAAACACGGUCAACACCAUCAUCUACGGCCUCAGUCCUGCCUUCAAUGCCAGUCAAGAUCUAGAAAUUGAGCACUUCCAUGACGAGAACCUCUGGAAUGCGUUAUCAGCCAAUGAGUGGCGAGAACUGCGAGCCGCUUACAGAAAGAAGAACUCAAGAACCACCAAGGACAUUCUGAAAGAUGUUUUAGCCGAGAACACCGAUGAUUGCAGUUUCGAAUCAUACAACAUCUCACCAUUCUCUGCGCUCAUCCUGGUACAUGCUAUCCUCAUACACACCUGGCAACUCUCCCAACUUUCGGAAACCUCAGCGAUUUUCUCCUUUCGUUCAAUAACUGGGACUUCCUCUCUAGGGAGCUCUCUUCUCUCAAAUGCCUUAAUCUCUCUAGACAGGUGUCACGGGCUACUGAAGCAAACUCGAGAAGGUCAGCUUGAGGAUAUGGACGACAACGACAUCACGUCCCUAUGUUUCAGCUCACAUGCGAUCCUUAGAGCCGCCUACAUCCGGCUCUUUGAUAACACUAAGAGUUUCGAUCGUCUCUGUCUGCUCGCUGAAGACCCAAGCACCAUGAACAGCAACGUCACUACGUUCGCGAACACGAAGCUAGAGAGGAACAUCGACUGCGUGAAGGUCAUCGAGAAGACGCUGGAGGGUAUCCAGCUACCAGUGAAGAUGGGCCACAUGCUCAUACGUAAGACAGCUGCUUUCCGAUGGAGCGUAGAGCAUGCGGUUGCAGCUUGGGACAAUGUACUAUUCACCACGAAAUGGGCUCACGCGAUCGAAUUAGACAGGAGAAGGGGCAUCGAGCCCAGUGCAGCUGAACUAGGCCUGCUCAUGAAGAUCAAGGACGUACUCGAGGAAUCGGACUAUGACACAGAUGAGAGCACAUCCCUCGCUGCAGGCUUAGCUAAAACUUGCAGUCUAUUCCUUCAAGACGUAUGGGUAUGGGGUAUCACAGUCAGGAUGGGCGAUGUUCUAGAGCGAUUGGCACGGGCAUACGAGCGAGAGAUGGAGGCUGCUGGGCCUGCAUGUCAACCACAGAACUAG